AUGAACGAGUCAACCUCGUUCGACUUCUGGGCAUCAACUUCCGAAGAAACCAUGGAACAGUUGACGCUCCCGACGAUAGUUUCUCUCAAUGUUGGCGGACAUUUCUUCACCACUCGCCUUUCCACGCUUUUGAAGGACGAAGGUUCCAUGUUAGCUGCCAUGUUCAGUGGGCGAUACAAAGUUGAAAUGGACAAAGAGGGAAGAUAUUUUAUUGAUCGUGACGGAAGAUACUUUGGAUAUAUCUUAAAUUACUUACGUGACGCGUCACUUCCAAAACCAUGCGUUGCGUUACAAGUGUACCGCGAAGCGGAUUAUUUCCAGUUAGAGCAACUUGUUCGUGAGCUUGAAUGUUAUCCAUCACUUAUCCCACAUAUUGUUAUAAAAGAACAGAAAAGAGACUUAGCAGAAAGUUAUCACCAUUGGAAACGCGUCCUUUUAGAAACUACACAACGAAAAUUUCACAAAUUUGUCAAAUUCGCCGUUGGUCGUGAUUGCGUGAUAACUGUCACGCGAUACGCUUCUAAAAAGGAUUGCAGUCGUAGUGAAGGUGUCUGCAGAAGUUUUAUCUCCCUUAGUGACGAUACGAAAAAUUAUCAAAGUCAUCAGUUCUUCAGCGUUAACGACACUGGAGAGAAAUUAGAGUAUUACAUUGGUUCCCAUCUUCCAGCGGUUGAUUUUAUUGUCCCCAAUGAAGAGAUAUCAGAUUGUCAUCAGUUUACGUCAUUGGUAGAAAAAGAUCUGCGCCUGGAAGGGUUCUGUGUCAGCGGAAGUUUAUCGCAUGCGUGGAAGUGUGUUCUGUGUGAUAUGACAGGAACUCUUCACCAAUUAGCUUUCAAGUGGGUUCUUCCAUAUCCGAACACGGACAGCGAGAAAAUAAUGAAACAGUUUUAAAGAAUAUUUUUCAAUAAUGACUUUAAGGAGCAACAUUUUAAGUUAUGCAAACAAGGACAUCUUCAGAACGCUAAACCAUUUUAUUUUGCUUGAUUCCGUUAAAGAACUAAGUGUGGAAAACUUUGAAGGAUUUUAAUCCUUAAAGCUUAUAUGCAUAAGUUUGCUAGCUGGUUCCAAUUGUAAUUUUCAGUGCCACGGAAAAUGUAAGCACUAAUUUUUUAGGCCUGAUUUCCACCUCUCGAUUUCUACCUCAAUAACAGAAGCA